GCUGCCAUUUUAAUCCCCAGAUAUCCGAGCGGCUUCUACGAAAGCGUACAGAUUUUAUUUUAAAACGAAAGAGGAAGUAAAAAUUAAAACGGUUAAUAGUAACAACACUUGGUAGUUUACAUAUUUUACUGAAGGGUAUAAAAUAUCAUGUCAAAAGAACCAACACUGCUAGUAGCCGCCAUUGAUUUUGGCACGACCUACUCCGGUUAUGCUUUUUCAUUCCGACAUGAGUUUGAAUGCGACCCGCUUAAAGUAUCUGCAAGUUCUUGGACAACAGGAUCAAGAGUGUCGAUCUCACUGAAGACAUCUUCUUGUGUUCUCUUCCGGCCAAAUGGUCAGUUCGACUCUUUUGGGUUUGAAGCUGAGGACAGAUACAGUGACCUGACCCUUGAUAACGAACAUCAUGAUUGGCUCUACUUUAGAAGGUUUAAGAUGAUGCUGUACGGUGCACAAGACGUUCAUAGGACAUCAAAAAUAAAAGACGAAACAGGAAAAGAAAUGCUAGCCAUGGACGUGUUUGCUGCAGCCAUCUGCUAUUUAAAAGAUCAUAUGCUACAGUCUUACACUGAUAGAACGUACGGCAGUAGGGUAGAUAUAAAUGAUAUCAAGUGGGUUCUCACAGUUCCAGCAAUUUGGGAAGAUGGAGCCAAGCAAUUUAUGAGAGAAGCGGCUGUAAUGGCUGGAAUUCCUGGAGAACACCUUAUACUGGCGCUUGAACCAGAGGCUGCGUCAAUGUUUUGUAAAUAUCUACCAGUUGAACGGAUGAGCGGGUCUUCCGACAAGACAAUAACUUGUUUUAAAACAAAGUCAAAAUACCUCGUACUUGAUGCUGGUGGUGGAACCAUCGACAUUACUGUCCACGAGGUCUUGCCAAAUGGCAAGCUUAGAGAGCUAUAUAAGGCAAACGGAGGUGCAUGGGGUGGUACAACAAUUGACGACGCAUUUUUGGAAUUUAUAGAAGGCAUUACAGGGACAGAAGUGAUGGCGAGGUUCAGGGAAGAUCAUAAAGACGAUUACAUUGAUUUGCUAAGAGAAUUUGAGGUAAAGAAGCGGACAGUUCAACCUGACAUGGAUUCAAAGGUUACAUUCAAGAUACCGAUUUCUUUGCAUGAAUUGUACAGGGAGAUCCAGAAUGGGGAAAUCAGAGAAGCUGUAAGGAAUACACCAGAUUUAUCUGGAAAAGUCACUUUCGCUGGCGACAAGAUGAGAGUUGAUGCUGAAAUGGUAAAGUCAUUAUUUGACAAAACCGGUGGUACUAUCACACAACAUAUCGGCAGUAUCUUGCGUUUAUCGGUUGCAGAGGGUGUCUCGUCAAUUCUAAUGGUUGGUGGAUUUUCUGAAUCGCCGAUGUUACGAAACGCUGUACAAAACGCUUUUCCUAACGUCCGUGUGAUUGUUCCACACGAGGCAGGCUUGGCUGUUUUGAAAGGUGCAGUUAUAUUUGGUCAUGAUAGUCAAGUGAUAACGUCAAGAAUUGCAAAAUAUACGUAUGGUUUGAAAAUAUACAAAAGGUAUAAUUCAAAAGUCCAUCCAAAAGAAAGAAUCAUUAACAAAGAUGGAGAGCAGCAGGUCAGAGGCUGCUUUGAUAAGCUUGUUGAAAUUGGGGAGUCUGUUUCUAUAAAUGAGCAGUCUCAAAUGAAAACAUAUCAACCUCAGAGUGGAUGUGACUCCUUCGCUGUCAAGCUAUUUGCAUCUCCAGACCCAAACCCUAUUUUCGUUGACGACCCCGGCUGUAUUCCUCUUGGUGAAGUAACAGUAGAAUGCAAAGAUAGAAAGGGAAAUAUCGGAUGUGCGUCUGUAUGUCUCGUCUUUGGGGGAACCGAACUGGAAGUAAGAGCAGUACACGACACUUCCGGUGAAAAGACGAAUGCAAAGUUCAAUUUCCUCGAAUGAACAGUCUUAAGUAUCUAUAAACACUUGAUACAUUUGUAUACAUUUUAUGUAAUUAUGUAUAAAGAAGUCGUAUGAACGCAAUCCAUGAAACAUACUAAGUCUCAUAAGUAACUGGGUGGAAGUUUCUAGUUUUCUUUUGGGUCGCGUAUGCUUACAUUUUUGAGGUGUAGGACAAUUAUCUGCAUGUGAAAUUUAAGAAUAUUAGUUAUUUACUCAUUCGCACUAGGAUAUCUGCUUACUAUGUCUUGAUAAAUAGUUGGAACUACUAUCAUGCAUCAUCUGCAACAGCCCAGUAUGUUAAUUAUGUAAAUAAAAGAAAACAUUUUUAUGACUAAUUAAAUGUUUCUUUAAUACUUAUAUGUAUUCCCCACCAUGAGAAUUCCUAACACAAGUAAUAAGAACUAAAGAUACGAUAUGUACAAAAAUAUUUUGUCGGCCCAAGAUAGCUCACCAGAGUUUUACAUCACAAAGAGGAAUAACAAGUUUGCAUUCACAAUGUCUGUAGAAGAUAAAACAAUGAACAUUUGUGUACAUUUAUUUCAAAAUCUGACCAUUUGUGUUUGUUUGGUAUUUUUUCAGCUCUGAUGCAUGUUUUUAGUCCAAUGAAAAAAAUGAAGUCAUUUUGAUUUUAAGUCAUUCGGUGAAAUAAAGUCAAUAUGCGAUU